AUGGAAACGUUCUUGAAAUGGGUUCAUACUGAAGGAUGUCAUUUUGAUGGGGUUGAGAUACGACGAUGUUUGGAUGCGGACGAUUCGGGAUAUGGCAUCUUUGCACUGCGCACUUUCCGAAUCAACGAGACGAUCAUUUCGGUACCGCCUAAGUUGAUGAUUACGGCUGGAGCAAUUGCUGAUACACAAAAAUAUAAGGAAAUUCUGAAGAGGGGUCGUCUGCAACCUUUCGAAGUUUUGGUCGUAUUUUUUCUUCUCGAACAAAGUACUGAUUCAGUAUGGUCCCCAUAUCUCGACAUCCUACCGAAGUCUUUCUCAACCCCAGCUUUUACCGAAUCAGCGAUCAAUCCAGACUAUCUUCCAUUAUCAGUUCGACAGAUGUGGAUCAAUCAGCAGUCUGAACUUAAGAAUAUGUUCGAGAAAGUUGGUCAUUUGAACAGUCUUAUUGUUCAUUCUUAUCAUCCGCGUUUCAAGAUCUGUGAUGUAUUAAAGCCGUCCAAACAAGAACCAUCAUGGCAACAUUUCUUGUGGGCAUGGCACGUGGUGAAUACGAGAUGUAUAUACAUCGAGAACAAACCACAUCCGCUAGUGGACAAUUGUAAUGGUGACACGCUGGCAGUUAUCCCUUUGGUCGACAUGCUCAAUCACGCCAAUGAUUACCAGGCAAUGGCACUAUGGGAUAAUGUAACUAAGUGCUAUAAAGUGAUUGGAACGAGAACAAUUUCGGAUGGUGACCAGAUAUUUGUAUGUUACGGUGGACAUUCGAACGAAUUUUUGUGGAUCGAAUACGGCUUCAGAAUGAACAAUAAUAUCUACAAUAAAGUUCAUAUUACAUAUGAACUGCUAGUAGCUUUGGCCAGGCAUAUUGGCUUGAAAUUUACGGACGCACAUGUGGAAGCUGUCAAACGGGUAGCGCUACCGUGCACACUCUAUGCGACAGACGCGAUGCCAAGUUUCGGACUUAAAGCUAGUCUGCGCAUACUUCAGUUGCGUUUUGAUGAACUGCAGGAGUGGUCAGCGAUCGUCUAUAGCGCCGAUACGAAAACAGAGAGCAAUGUUUGUGUGGUGGCAUUUUUGAAUAAAUUGUUGGAAAUUUUUCGAAUGAAAAUGAAGAGGGUUCCCGAAAAAUUCAGAUGGUUAUGGAUGGAGGAGGUGUCCAUCCUUGAAGAAUGCAUCAAAAAUGCUUGA